UCUUAGCUUCCGUGCAUUCCAUAAAUUUCGACCCUUUGACUGUGAGCUGUAUUUUUCUCUCUCUGUGAAAAAAAAAAAGAGUCCUUUCAGAAUCUCUCUUUCUCUUGUUGGAGCUUAAGGAUUGGAGCAAUUUGGAAGUUGGGUUGGGUUGGGUUUUUCUUUCUUGAUUUGGAAUUUGGGUUUCUUCUUCUUUAUUCUUUUCUGGUUCCUGCGUAGGUUGUGUUGGGGGAGUUACAAGAAAAAGUGAAUCGUGGCUAUUUGCAGUGAAAAAGAAACAGCAUGCGGUGGUGGUUGACUCUAUCUGUUGAUGUGUUUCGAAAAGUUAUCUCCUUGAACUUGUAUUGUAGAGUGAUUCUGUAAUUCCAUAUUCUAGAUCAUCAAGAUCCCUCCUUUUUUAACUCGGUAGUCUUACUAUUCCAUCUUCCAUGGGAUCCACUUUUUUUGUUGUCGUUCCAUGUUAUGUCCGCCAGAUUAGCUGAAAAGUGUCAAAACCUCUCUCAAAUUUCUAAUCCAAGGGUUGUCAUUUGAAUUUGGUAGGCUAAGUUUUUUUUGUAGUAGUUUUUCAGUUUUAUUGCUUUGGAUUACGGAUUACUGGUUUUGAAUACGGUGUCGUCUGGAAGAUCCUCUUUUUUCUGCCAUAGUGAAGGGUUGGGACGUAGUUAUGGUGUGCCAAGCAGCGAGCCAAACAAGAUUCCGGGCAUUGAAGUACGAAAAUGGUAUUGCAGGGAGUGCCACCAUUGUAGUUAGAGUUAUAGCAUGCUUUCAACCUCUUCAGGAUUGCCAGGCUGAAUAUUUCCGUCAUUUGCUUAAGCCCGUUACGUAGAUUAGUUUUGCAUUUCCGCGUUCAAGUUAAGCUGGAGUCUUUAGUUUUUUUCCUUGUUUUUGAGAGAAACUACAAGUAAACUGCUAUUUCUACUGCUACAGCACUCGACUUCUGGUGAUUGUUCUGGUUGGAUGGGAGAAGGCUGUGGAUCCUGGUUUCCUCAGCAGCAAUUUGAUUGGCAAUCACCCAACUUCAAUUCUUUGGCUGCUCCGCAUCCUUUGGUGCAGCAAAAUACUAAUCCUCGAUUCAUAAACCCUGGCACUAAUAUGGUCUCCACCACUGGGGCUUUGCCAGUUCAUGCAAAUCCUGGAUUAUCUCACUUGCGGGUUGGCCAAGCUAAUGAACCUCAUGGCUGGUAUUACUGUUUACCCCACUUUCGCCAGGUGUUUGCACCUGCUUCAAACACUGAGUUGAAAGAGCAACUCCCAGCUAACCCUUAUGAACAUCAUAGGGAGAACAUUGUUCCAAAGGCAGGGUCUGGGUGUGCUCAGAAGAGAUUCCUUGUUUUUGAUCAAUCUGGUGAUCAAACUACCAUGAUCUUUAGUUCUGCUUUUAGGACUCCUAUCAAGUGCCUGACUUCUUGGGGUCCAAAAUCUCCUGGUGCUUGUAACUUUAAUGGGGAAGAUCCCAUAUCUAAAGUGAACCUGAAUCUUCAGUCUGGACCAAUAUCGACAGAUUUAUUUGAUGACAAUGGGACUGAUGUGCAAAGUGAAAUGCAUGAGGACACUGAAGAACUCAAUGCCUUGCUUUAUUCGGAUGAUGAUAAUGAUUAUAUUGAGGAUGAAGAAGUUACGAGCACAGGUCAUUCUCCUAGUACAAUGACAGCUCACGAUGAGCAAUUUGAGGGAGGCACUGAAGAGGUUGCUAGCUCUACUGGACUAACUAAAAAGCGGAAAUUGAUUGACAGGGGUAAUGAUUAUGUGCCAUUGCUUGUGGAUACUGCUAGUUCAAUCAAUCCAAACAGAUGUUCUGAGUAUGAGGAUGAUGCAGAUUCCGGCUGUGCUUUUGGCCAAAAUCUGGGAUCUGGCGAUAUGGAUUUAUCUUCAGGCAACAAGAGAAUGAGAAAGGAGAAAAUUCGUGAGACGGUGAGUGCUUUGCGAAGCAUAAUUCCAGGUGGAGAGGGCAAAGAUGCAAUUGUGGUACUUGAUGAAGCUAUUGAUUACCUGAAAUCCCUGAAACUCAAAGCCAAAGCUUUUGGACUUAGUACUCUAUGAGUUGCCACAGUUCUUAUUAAUAGCGUUAGUGGUAGCAUCUGUCAUAAUUAGUCAUUGUGCAUUAGACAUUGUUAAUUAAUGGAGCUUGUCAAAUAAGCUAGGUAUGUACAGUUGUGCAUGGAUUUGCAUAUAAUUUGGAGUCUUCCAGCGAAGGAGCUGAAAAUCAGAAGAUAGUGGAGAGAGAACUUGAACCCCUCCUUUGGUUAAGUCUUUCUUCAAUGAUUUGAGUUGGAAACCAGUAGCUUUGGCUUGAGAUCUCUCUAUUUUUCUAGAGAAAGCAGGAUACUGCAGUAUAUUAAUGUCCCAAUAAAGGAAAGGUGAAUCAUUAGUCUACGUUUUGGGGUUUAGAGAAAGUAACACUCGCAUCUGGGCAUGAGGGUUUGGCUGUGUGAAUGAGAAGACUGGUUUUUGGAGAGGGACCCUCAUAAAGGGGGCUAAGUGCACGCCCCUUGGGUGUUUUGGGUCCCAAUCUUCACUUUCCUCUCCCUUUUUGUAUUCUUGUCAAGUUUUAUCCUUGUGGGUUCGCUUUUCUUUGAUGUAGAAAAUUGCACGAGCAAAGAGCCUUCUCCCAUUUCAUCAUGCAACAACUUGCCGGAAGGGGCCCCAGAUCACCAUCUCUCUCAUCGCCCAUUGGCCUUGUGUUUGUAUUUGCGUGUGAGUGCAACGAUGGUUAUGCAAAUGUUUUCCUUUUGUUCGGUAUGAAGUGUGGUAGUUUAUUUCUUUUCCCCCCUUUUCGUGGUACUUUUAAUUUGAUUGUGGAAAGACUACUUUUUAUGUGUUUUGGUAUGCUGCCAUCAUGGGGUAAUGUAUGGUGUUUUUCCUUGUUAAACUCGUGAUUGUAGUGAGUGCCCUGAUGGUUUUGCAAGUGAUGUUAUCAGUCAUGGGUGGAUGUAAAUCUAUAAUUGCUUGGUAUUAUCCUUGUCUUUA